AUGGCGACGACGACGACGACGACGACGACGACGACGACGACGACGACGGGACGGACGCGAUGGACGACGCCGACGACGAUGAUGACGCCACCGAUGCGAUCGCUCGUGAUGGCGGACAUGGGGAUCGGGGCCACGCGGACGUUCGCGAGCGACGCGACGCGCGCGGCGAAGACCUCGACGGAGGCGGAGGACGCGAGCGACGCGGGCGAGGACGCGGACGCGGCGAUCGAUCAGGGGGUGAUGGCGGUGCGAUGGACGGUGCCGGAAGAGCAAGGGAGUGCGCGUGAUGUCGUGGUGCCGAUGCACGGGUGGGACGGGAGCGUUCGGGGAGAGGCGACGCUCCCGGGACGGAUAUUCGAUCAGCCGCUUCGAGUGGACGUCGCGCAUCGCGUCGUGCGGUGGCAACGAGCCAAGGCGCGGGCGGGGACGCAUAAGACGAAGACCAGGGGAGAGGUGUCGGGGACGACGCGUAAGGCUCGACCGCAAAAGGGACAAGGGCGAGCGCGCGUGGGGAUGCUUCGCGCGCCGCAGAUGCGCGGCGGAGGCGUCGCCCACGGACCGGUGCCGCGCUCGCACGCGUACGCGUUACCGAAAAAGGUUCGACGCAUGGGGCUCAAAGUGGCGCUCAGCGCGCGCGCAGCGGAGGGCAAGAUCGUUAUCGUGGAUUCAUUCGCGGGUAUGGAGCCGAAAACGCGCGUGAUGAAGGAGACGCUCGAGAGGUUGACUGGGGACAUGGGCUUGGCGGCGGGCGGUAAGUUUCACUCGACGCUCAUCGUGGACGGUGAGUUCGAGGAGACGAGCGAAGAGGACGACGACGAAGAAACGUAUUCACCAAACGAGAUUGUUCGCAUCUCGUCUCGAAACCUCCCGCACGUCGAGGUCUUGCCGCAGAUCGGCGCCAACGUGUACAGUAUUUUGCGUCGGCGCACGCUCGUGAUGACCAAGAGCGGAUUAGAGCAGCUCAUUCGGCGCUUGGACGAGCCGAUCAGGAGGUAG